UAUUUGAAACUGUGCUUGACCGGGAGCGCGUCAGAUUUGAUUAAGGAUGUUUCCACUACGAGCGCCAACUAUGAGAGUACAUGGAAGGCGCUGAAGUCUAGAUACCACAACCCGAGGCUCAUCAUUAAUAAGCACCUGUCUGCAUUCAAGGCACUUCCUUAUCUUAAAAGGGAGUCAGCGGAUGAGUUACGGUCCUUCACGGACGAAGCUCAGCGCAUUGUACGAGCGUUGAGAAACUUGAAGGUUCCAGUCGAUCACUGGGACACAUGGUUGACCUUCGAGUUGUCAGAGCGUCUGGAUCCAGAGUCACGCAAACUUUGGGAGUCCGAGCUCAGCGAGAAGGAUCGUAAGCUUGAGGAAACAGGGUCUCCGACUUCUCUUGCUAGUUUCAGCAAUUUCGUCGAGUUCUUAGAAAAAAGAGCCAGGAUUCUUGACAUGCUCGCCUUUGAGCGGCGUGCCGAGAAGAGGACGGCUCCUCCACCUACUUCGGGUCCUCCACCUCGUAAAAUCCAUCACGUUACUCCAGUUAUAUCGCGUUCACCUAAGUGCCCGCUAUGUGAGGGUCCACAUGCUCUUAUGAGAUGCUCGCAGUUUAAAGAGAAGUCCGUUCAGGAUCGGAAGGAAGAAGUAAAGCGAUUGAGACUUUGCUUCAACUGCUUGGGUCCGCAUCGGGCGAAUGUUUGUCCAUCCUCAGGUCGCUGCUCCACUUGUCAGGGGAAGCAUCACUCUAGCAUUCACCAGCAGAACCUGGGGAGAGUAGCAGCAUCAGCCAUCCCAGAUAACCCCGAGAAUGACGGAGCUCAGAAGCCCAAUACAUCGGUGGUAAGCCUUCAUUCAGCUAAGUCUCCAACGUUGUUAAGGAAGAUUCUUCUAGCAACGGCUCGGGUGAUAGUUGUGGGGCCGAAGGGUAAGGUGACUUAUGCUCGGGCGCUUCUCGAUCAGGGUUCCGAAUCGUCAUUUAUUUCCGAGGCACUUGUACAACUUCUUGAGCUACCUAAGCUGCACACGCACACGCCCUUAUCUGGUAUCGGUGACAGUGCCGCCGGUACUGCUCGCUCUAUGACUCAGGUGACUGUGCGUUCAGUGAUAGAGUCUGAUUUUCAGGUUGAGGCGGAGAUGUUGGUACUUCCUCGGGUCACUUCUUCUCUUCCAUCUCAUGAAGCUAACGUCGAUUUAGGACGGGAGCUAUUCCCCGGUGUCACAUGGGCUGAUCCGGAGUUCCAUGUUCGUCAAAAGGUCGACAUUGUCCUAGGGGGUGAUCUUUAUGGUCAGCUGCUUCGCCCUGGAUUGAAGAAGUCAGCGACUUCUAAGCUGGUCGCGCAGAACACUGUUCUGGGUUGGAUAGUUUCCGGUCCUAUGGAGGAAGUGGCUUCACGGCGGGCGGAGGUUGUUAGGGCCUGUAUCCCAGUUCGGGUCCUUCACUGUACUGCUGGAGAGAAGUUGGAUCUCGCAUUACAAAGCUUCUGGGCUCUUGAAGAGGUGCCUGUUCCUAUCAAGAGGUUGAAACCUGAGGAUGAGAAUUGCGAAAGGCAAUACCAGGACACGCAUUUUAGGGACUCGCAGGGCCGGUACGUUGUUAAGCUACCAUUGAAGCCUGAUCUCCCGUUGGUGGGCGCAGAGUCUCGAAGUCUGGCGCUUGGUUCUUUGUCAAACAUACAGCGUCGCUUUAUUCGCGAUUCGAAGCUUUGUCAGUCAUACAAUGCGUUUAUGGAGGAGUACGAAAGGUUAGGUCACAUGUCGCGAGUUCCACCGUCGGAGAUUCAUCGUCCAGAUGCUUGGUAUUUACCACAUCAUGCAGUCGUCCAAGAAACUAGCCUGAAUUGGAAACUGCGUGUUGUUUUCGACGCGUCUCGUAGUACUCGGGAAGGGCACUCGCUGAAUUCCUAUUUGUUUACAGGUCCUCCAUUGCAAACUGAUUUGUCGCUAGUUCUUUUAAAUUGGCGUAGGUAUCGCUUCGUGUUUACAGCUGAUAUCGUCAAGAUGUUCCGCCAGAUCCUCGUCAGGCCUGACGAUCAGGACUUCCAGAGGAUUGUCUGGACGCCCAAAGAUGCUGUAGAACCGGUAGAUUAUCGUCUGAACACGGUCACGUAUGGGACAGCUUGUGCUCCUUAUUUAGCCAUUCGGACUCUUGCUCAGGUAGCUCAUGAUGAGGGACAGCGUUUCCCCCUUGGGGCUCGGUGCCUUCUUUCGGAGACAUACGUCGAUGACACCUUUGCUGGAGCGGACGAUUUGGAUUCUGCAGUACGUAAAAGAAUCGAGCUAAUCGAGUUGCUAGGUUCUGCCAAGAUCGAGUUGAACAAGUGGGCGGCUAAUCAUCCGCAACUUCUUCCGGAGUCUGCAAGGCCAAUCGCUGAAAAGCAAAUUGAUGAGGAUAAGGCCGUCAAGACGUUAGGAGUACAGUGGGUUCCGUCCCAGGAUGAAUUUAGAUUCACAGCAGCAGGUCUUGAAGGUUUAGCUUCGGCCCACACUAAACGGUCGAUUCUCUCGAACAUCUCGCGAUUAUUCGAUCCGUUAGGAUGGCUCGCUCCUGUCACUGUCACAGCAAAGAUCCUGAUGCAGGACAUGUGGAUCCUGAAGUGCGAAUGGGAUUCCCCGUUGCCAGCGGAGAUUCGUGAACGUUGGUAUGAGUAUUGUAAGAGUUUGUCAGCGUUGCCGUUGCUGUCCGUGACGCGUUGGUUAGGUGGUACGGCUGCCUCCUCGUAUCAAGUUCAUGGGUUUUCGGAUGCGUCUUCUAGGGCGUAUGCCGCGGUAGUGUACUUGCGACUUGAUCAAGGGAAUGGGAACUUCAGGGUGUCGUUAUUAGCAGCUAAAUCGAAAGUAGCUCCUGUAAAAACAGUGAGCAUCCCCAAUUUAGAACUUUGCGGUGCAGCGCUCCUUGUGAGACUAAUUCGACAUCUGAUUGGGUUAGAUUUCUUACAAGGGCUUCCAAUUUUCGCCUGGUCAGACAGUCAGGUCGUACUUACGUGGCUUCGCAAGCAUCCGUGCCAUUGGAAGACCUUUGUGGCCAAUCGAGUCUCCUUUAUCCAGACUGAAUUACCGUCGGCCACGUGGGCUCACGUGCAGACAAAGGAAAACCCUGCAGAUUUGGCGACUCGGGGGGUCAAGCCAGAGGGGUUGGCUGAUAGCGCUCUGUGGUGGCAGGGUCCGGUGUGGCUCUCGAAAGCUUCAACAGAAUGGCCUAGACCCGCUGAGUCGGUUCGUAUUAAUCAUGUUCGUCCAAGAUCUAAAGAAUCUGAGAUCUUGACUAGAUUUUCCUCGUUGACCAAACUUCUUCGGGUUGUAGCACGAUGCAGACGCCCUCUCGUUCGAUUGAGGAAGAAGAAAGAGUCCGCAGAGAGCUCUUUAUUCUCUUUUUUAACCACAAGUGAGCUUUCAGCUGCUCGGACGGUGGUUAUUCGUAUGGCCCAAGCGAGUGCCUUCGAAGUGGAGAUUGGGCUAUUAUCCGCGGGAAAGAGAUUACCGAAGGGCAAUCGACUCAGUAGUUUAAAUCCCUUUUUGUGUAAGGAAGACGGACUCUUGCGGGUCGGAGGUCGCCUGGCCCAUUCGGCUCUGUCUUUCGACCAGAAACACCCACCGAUUUUACCACAGGAUUCGGCUCUUAGUUUAUUGUUCGUACGACACGCUCAUCUUCAGUGCCUUCACGGUGGCCCUACUCUAACUUCGAGUAUCUUGAUGUCGCAAAUGUGGAUUCUAGGUAGGAAUCGGCUAGUCAAAUCGACAAUCCGUGCAUGCGUGACCUGUCAACGCGUGAAGCCCCAUUCAGUACAACAACUUAUGGGUGAGCUCCCCGCGGCCCGAGUGACAAGAAAUAGGGCCUUUUCUAACUCCGGACUUGACUACGCUGGUCCGUUCCAGGUUCGUAUGUCGAAGGGUCGUGGCAAUCGUGCCUAUAAAGGGUACAUUGUUCUAUUUGUUUGCUUCGCUACUCGAGCUAUUCAUCUAGAGCUUGUUAGCGACCUAAGUUCUGCUGCCUUUAUCUGCGCAUACCGACGUUUUGUGGGGAGACGAGGCAUUUGUCAAAAUCUCUAUAGCGACAACGCCACAAAUUUCAAGGGCGCAGACAAAGAACUCCAAGGAAUGUUUCGUCGUGCUUCCGAAUUCCAUCAAGAGGUUGCGUCUUUACUUGCAAACGACGGAACUAACUGGACGUUCAUUCCUCCAAGUACUCCGCAUUACGGUGGCCUAUGGGAGGCCGGCGUCAGGUCAGUGAAGCACCACUUGAGGAGAGUUGUGGGUGAGCACACUCUCACGUUUGAAGAGUUCUCCACCGUCCUCGUGGAGAUAGAAGCCUGUCUUAACUCUCGUCCACUGGGGGCGUUGAAUUCUGAUCUCAGCGAUUUGCGAGCGCUGACUCCUUCUCAUUUUCUCAAUGAGGGAGCUGCGGUUUUGCUCCCUGACGCGGACGUACCCGAUUUGCCAGAAAAUCGGCUCAACAGAUUCCAGUUGCUACAGCGCAUCCGUGACACAUUUUGGAAGCGUUGGUCGACUGAAUAUUUGCUUCAUUUACAGGAAAGGGAAAAGUGGAGAGAUCCUAGUGAGAACUUCGCGGUGGGUCAACUCGUAUUGGUCAAGGACGAUCGGUAUCCUCCAUCGAAAUGGCCGUUAGGAAGGGUAUCCGAGGUACACCCUGGCCCAGACGGUUUGGUGCGAGUGGUCACAGUCAGAAUGGCUACUUCCUCUUUGCGUCGACACAUUGUUCGGCUCUGCCCCCUUGUGUUAAAGGAUAAUGAUAAGUGA